AUGUCAUCUCGUGGUGAACUACCGCUGGAGUUGGCAUUACGAGGCCGCAGCUCUUCGAUAGCCACUACGCUGCUACAGCAUUGCGCAGACGCAGACGCUCGGGGUCCUAGAGGAAGAACGCUACUGCAUCGGGCUAUCGAUGCAAGAGACGCGUUCUCGGCUAAGUUUCUGGUUGAGAAUGGAGCGGAUCCUAACCUUACCACUAAAGAAGAAGGCGAUACCGUUUUGCAUCUAAUAGCCGGACUCACUGCUAGUUCUUGCGAUCCAGAGACGAUGGAGCAGAUGGUGGAAAUCGCAGAUAUCGUCGUGCAGAAAGGAACAGAUAUUAAUCGGCAGAACAGAAAGGGAUUUACCCCACUUCACCAAGCAGUAAUAGCAAGAAAUCAACAAAUAUUCGAUCUGCUCCUCAAACAGACCAACCUAGAUACCAACCUGCGUACAACGACAGAUGAACAUCCACCACUCUACUACGCCCUCGUUGACGAUCGACGCGCGUCAAUCUCUUCCAGCGAAACUCUAGUCAUGAACGGUUCUAAUCCCUUCGACACACCUGUUACAAAUAAAAAUGCCUUUACCGAAGACCCGGUAGAGGGAAAGACUGAUAGUAUAGUGGAGAGAGGUUUCGCUGCUAAGCUGUUGGAAAAGGGGUGCCAAGCUAACCCACUAUAUUCGGGCUCCGGUGAUAGCUUACUUCACAUUUUAGCACAGGGCUGGUUUGAGGACUCAGCAGUGUUUCUUGCGUCCAACCUAAACGGGGACCUGAACCACACAAACGAGGCUGGAAUGACGGCUCUACAUGCAGCCUGUGCGAACGGUCUAACGCGGUUGACGGCAACACUUCUAGAACACGGCGCAAGACCUAACUUGCAGACGGCGUAUGGAGAACACGAGGACACUGUAUAUAGACAGACUCCGAUACAUUUGGCAAUUCUCAGCAAUCAUGAAGGAUGCGUACUGGCUAUCAUAGAUCACAAGAAGUCCACCGAUAAGGACGAAUCCCCGUCCACAGACAGGUCCGUCGUUAGCCUUGUGCCUAAUCUCAAUUUGAGGAAUUCUGAAGGGGACACGCCGCUCAGCCUUGCUCUAUCUGAAGGCCAUAAGCACUUAGUAGCACCUCUAAUAGAAGGCGGAGCAGAUCCGAAUAUUCGCAAUGGAAAAGGCUUCACGUUACUGCAUCAAGCUAUUAUCGAAGAAGACUCGAGAACAGCUAUCUUCUUGUUGGACCAUGGCGGGGAUAUGAAUACACUGACGGAUGCUGGUGAAACUCCUCUACAACUCGCGAUCCACUGUCGCUUGGGCUUAGUGGUGGAAGCGUUGUGUGUACGUGGGGUCGAUAUGAGCAAACUGGAUGCGAAUGGUGUUCCUCCUCUUUGGGCCGCACUCGAUUCGGGCCAGGAGGAAGUGGCUAGUAUCUUAGUGAGAAAUGGAGCUGAUGCAGAUUGUUGGGGUGCAGGGCCAGAUGGCUGCAUACAAACACUGCUUCACAAAGCGAUCGACGAAAACAAAGAGAGCCUAGCGACUUUCCUCAUCCGGUCCGGUUGCGACGUAGAGUCUCCGCGGAGGCCCGGCCCAGCGGGAGAGGGUGCUGAUGUUGCAGCAGAUAAACAUACACCUCUACAUCUUUGCUGUACUUGGGGACUUACCGAAGUUAUACAGACGCUUCUAGAACACGGCGCGAACAUUAACUCGAAGGACGCAGAAGGAAAGACGCCUCUUCACAUCGCGAUAGAGAACCAGCACGCGGGGAUCAUAUCGCUGCUUCUGUCCCAGCCUGGAGUCGACCUCUCUGCGAGGGAUAAUCGCGGGGUGACGCCUUUUGCAGCUGCGCUUACCGCGAGAAAUAAUAAAGCAGCACAAGCCAUUUUAGAGAAGAACCCUUCAGCUGCUGAACAGGUCGACAAAAAGGGGAGAAACUUCCUCCACGUUGCAAUACAAAAGUGUGACAUGGAGAGUGUGAUGUUUCUGUUAUCCGUCAAAGUGGAUGUGAAUUCUAGAGUUCAGGAUGCUACACUAGCGCCACCGAUCCACUUAGCGGCGGCGGCUGGAAAUGAAGUGCUUUUACGAAGUCUCUUUUUAGCCGGAGCGAGGCCCAAUGACAGAGAUGCUCACAAACGAACAGCUCUGCAUGUAGCUGCUGGUGCCGGGGGAACGUGCCAAGCAGCCAUAGUGUCUGCUUUAAUCAGCCACGGAGCGGAAGUUGGUGCGGUGGACGCAGCAGGAGAUAACGCUCUGCACAUUUGCGCGCGAGAAGGCCACGCCCCAGCUGCGCGAGCGCUUUUGGCAGACUCAGAUAUAGAUGCGGCCGCUACUAACCUCAAAGGACGCAACCCGCUACACGAGCUGUGUUGGUGUAAAAAAGACAACGCGGCAACAAUAUGCGAAACGUUCCUCGAAUUUAUGCCGGACUAUCCAAUAAAUAGGACCGAUUUACAGGGUAACACACCACUGCUGUUAGCAUACAUGAAUGGUCAAGCAGCCAUGUGUCGGGUACUGGUUAAAGCUGGAGCCUGUCUUGCACACGAAAAUAAGGAAGGAGUAUCAAUAUUCAAUUACCAGGUGGCAACUCGACAGUUAUUACAUCGAUUGCUUGAUGCGCUGCCGGCUGAAGCACCAUGGGCUGAAAGUGACCUUUGCCAAGAGUGUGGAACUAAGUUUACUCUCACCAUGAGGAAACAUCACUGUCGGCACUGCGGUCGUAUGCUUUGCAACAAAUGUUCCAGCCAGGACAUCCCUAUAUUGAAGUUUGGAAUGAAUAAGCCACAACGCGUGUGUGAAAUCUGUUUCAAUGUGCUACAAGUUGGUGCGAGUUAG